CCCGUUUCCGUACAGCGGUGUCGCGCGGGGGAAUGGCGGCGGCCAUUUCCGCUCGUGACGUCAUCGGGAGGCGCCGCGCGACGAUGCUGGAGGCGCUGGGCCGCGGGGGGCUGCUGCUCGUCAUUGACAAUGUCGGGUCCGAGGGUCGGAGCCUCCUGAGGGCGAUCGCCAGCGAGGCCGUGGCCAGGGCCGAGCAGGUUCUCGUGGUGCUCCUGGAGGUGCCCCGGGAGCAGUUCCAGGAGGGGCUGAACCCCCACGUCAGGGAGAGGCUGCAGUUCCAGGACCUUUUCGGGGACCCCCUGGGCUGGCUGGGCCGGGCCCCCCCAGGCCCGGGGGGGAUUUUUGGGGGGGUUUUGGGGGGUCUCCCCUCCCCCGCCCCGGUGCUGCUGUUGGACUCGCUGAGUUGGGCGCUGCUGCGGGAGCCCCUCCCCCACCUCUGCCGCCGCCUCGGGGCGCUGCUGGGGGGGGCACCCCGAAAAGAUCCCCCUCCCCGAAUUGUGGCGCUGCUGCACCAGGAGCUGCACCCCCCCCACCUUUUGGGGGCUCUCGGGGGUCUCGCCCGGGCCCAGCUGAUCCUGGGGGGGCCCCCCGAGACCCCCGGAGCCCCCCGGAGGCUGCGGCUGCUCCGGGACCCCCAGAAAGGGGGGGGACCCCUCCAGGAGACCCUGACCCUCCUCCCCGACGGCUCCUUGGGGGGGCCCCCCCAGGCCGAGCCCCCCCCGACCCCCGGAGACCCCUCCCCAAAUUGGGGGGAGCCCAAAAAGCCCCAAAAAUCCCCAAAUUUUGGGGGGACCCCCCUGACCUUCCGCCUGGGGCUGUCGGGGGCCGAGUGGGCGGCGAGGGCGGCCCUGACCCCCCCGUACCUGCUCAGGAGCGACCCCGAGCCGCCCCCCGAGGACUUCGAGGACCCCGACGAGGACCUGGAGCUGUGACCCCCCCCCGGAACCCCAAAUUUGGGGGGAAAAUCCCCGAAUUUGGGACCCCAAUAAAGGAGCUGCUCCUCCCC